UGCAUGCCCACAUGUGCAUCAAAUGCACAUACAGCCACAGCUCACACCACGGCCUAGCCUACAGCAACAGCAGGGCUCCCCGAGGACCAAUUUAGUGGCAGAGGGCGUCAACGAGGCAGCAGCGAAACGCAGACGGCUGUUUGUGCGCAGGACCUCCAGGAGCCACACAGAGAGCAGCGGAUCAGAAGCCCCCAGAGAGUGGAGCAUCAGCUUCAGCAAGGAGCCACACAUACAAUCUGUUAAGUCAGAUCAUUUAGGUGGAGUGCAUAAAAGAGAGGGCUCUGUAGUGCAGGAACUGACGGGCUUUCACCUCAUGCCACCUGAGACCCACAAUGCACCACGCCGCACAUCUGUCCAUAGCACUACCCAUGUGACUGAACGCCCCAAAGUGACCUGGAGCCAAUCAGACUUAACACCGCUGGAUCUUCAGGUGACACCUCCAAAUGCCCCUGAGUCUUUGGAGUUCUGGACGGAUGAGAUUUACACGCCAGCCUCCGACACGCUCCUGCGGCGUUCGCAGUCGUACACCCGUUGUAGCAGGAACCAGGCGUACCGCAUCGCUGCCCUCAGCAUCACUGCCACCAUCAUCCUCAUCCUCAUCAUCGUCAUUCCAGUCAGCACUGUGUAACGUCCAUACAGUCACAUGACACGCCUGAGGCUACAUUGAAUGGUACAAUACGUGUUUAUUAGAUAAUAUUAUU